GGCGGGUGGGAUCCGGAGCGACAGGGUGAAGGACAGAGAUUCGGGGUUCCAGCCGGAGACCCGGGAUUGGGAACCUGCGCCAAGUCCCUCUCGGACGCCUGGGCCAGGUCCCGAGUCGCAGGUGCCGUCCUCGACCCAAGAUGCGGUAGGAAUCGGAGCCCUGGGGAAGUCCUGCCCUUGGCGCCACCAACUCGUCGCCCAAACUCAUGGCGACCCCAGGCCUGGGGCUGCUCUUGGCAUUUGGCCUGCCGAUGCUGCCCGCCGGCUGGAGUCAAGCAACCACAGCACCGGACCCUUCCAAUAGCACAACUCCAUCCCCAGACCCUGGUUCCAAUGGGGGCCUGUCCUCAGAGGGCCUCGUAGCCAUCAUCGUGGUCUUUUCCAUCCUGGGAGUCAUCCUCCUAGCGGUGGGGCUAUUCCUGCUGAUGCGGAAACUUCGAGAAAAGCGCCAGACGGAGGGCACCUACCGGCCCAGCAGCGAGGAGCAGUUUUCCCACGCAGCAGCUGAGGCCCGGGCCCCCCAGGACUCCAAGGAGCCAGUGCGGGGCUGCCUGCCCAUCUAGCUCCUUCCCCUCCUUCCCUGUCAUCCGUCUUCCCUACCUUGCUGUGUGACCUUGGGGGAAGGCAGCACCCUCUCUGAGCGAUCAGACUCACCCAAUGCUUAAUAGAAGGGAAGAAAGUUCUUCAAAGACCUUGACUUUGAGGGCAAAGGAGGAUUGGGGCUGCUCACUUUUUAUAUAUUUAUAUGAAAUUGAUAGUAAGGUAUAAUAAAGGUUUCUUUCUUUUU